CCAGGAUGUCUUGCUCGUCUUCCCUUGAGAGAGCCCUCGUCGCCGUCCUCAUUGUCACAACUCUGCUGUUCAGUGUCAGCCAUGGAUACGUCGAUUUCGGCGACGCCACCCUCCCCUUCAACGAACCGCUCUUGAUCCCGACCCUACGGCCGAACCAGCUCCCCAUUGACCAUGACCUGCGCUUCGAGAUCCUCCCGUCCAUGAUCACCGCCGUCGCUCCCUCCAUUACCGUCGCUCCAAAUGGCACAAGAGAGACCGUCUACAGUCUCCACUACCAUCACUACUUUUCAAAAACCCGCCAAGGUCGAGGUCUCUUCAAACGUGGCGUCUUUGCAAAUGACCCGCCGGUGUCGACGUGUACGCCGUGCGGAGGAGCCGUCUCGAGUUCUGCUCCGUCAGGGACCACCAGUUCUGUCCUUUCUUGCACCACCCAUACCUAUUUGGUGAGCCCUUGA